ACCAAGACCAGAGCACGCACGCUUGCCACUCUAUAUACUGGCACACCUCGCGGCCAUGGCGAGACACACUCCUCGCUCGCCAGCAAACUGCUGCUUGCGACCGCGACAAUGGCGUCCACCGGCGCGCUGCUUCUGUUGCUCUUGUUUGUGCUUGCGUGCGGCGGCAAUGGCGGCGCGGCCGCCGCGGUGUUCUCCGGGUGUUCGUUCGAGAGCCAGGAGGAGGCCGAGGCGUUCGAGGCCGCGCUGCUGCAGCAGGCGUGCUUCAACGUGACGGCGUUCGGUGGAGGCGGAGGUGGAGGUGGGGGCGAGGGCGGCUGCGUGUCGCGGCUCGACACGGCGCGCGGCGGCGCGGGGAGUGGCCCCGUGCCGGUGCUCCGCGCGGCGGUCCGGGACACGCUCGGCGAGGCGGUGGGCGCCGUGGCGGCCGUGGCGGGGCUCGCGUCGCUGUCCAACCACGCGCGGGAGGAGAUGGCCGUGCGCGACUGCGUCGAGCUGGUGGGGUACUCCGUCGACGAGCUCGGGUGGGCGCUCGACGCCAUGGCCGACCCCGACGGCGGCGUCGCCGCGGCGGAGGAGGAGGAUGAGACGGAGCCGGAGACGAGGCGCCGCCGCCGCCGCGGCGCGCGCGCCGAGGACGACAUCCACGCCUGGCUCAGCGCGGCGAUGGGCAACCAGGGCACCUGCCUCGACGGCUUCCACGGCACCGACAGCCGCCUCCUCCGCCGCGUCGAGUCGGCCGUGACGCAGCUCACUCAGCUCGUCAGCAACCUCCUCGCCAUGCACAAGAAGCUCCGCGACAUCACGCCGCAGCACCAACACCAACACCACCACCACCCCGGCAACAACAACAACAAGAACGGCACAGCCGACGGCGCCGCCGCCGGAGGGGAUGACACCGGCCCGUCGUCGGAUCUACCGCCAUGGGUGACGGACGUCGUCAACGAUGUCGAGGAGGAGGUCACGGCGACGCGCGGACGAGGGAGGUCGUCGUCGUCGGGAAGGAAGGCGAUGCGCGUGGACGUGGUGGUGGCGCAGGACGGGAGCGGGCGGUGGCGGACGGUGAGCGAGGCGGUGGCGCGGGCGCCGAGCCACAGCAGGAGGAGGUACGUGAUCUACGUGAAGCGAGGGGUGUACGAGGAGAACGUGGAGGUGAGGAAGAAGAAGACGAACAUCGUCAUCGUCGGCGAGGGGAUGGGGGAGACGGUCAUCACCGGCAGCCGGAGCAUGGCCGCCGGCUGGACCACCUUCCGGAGCGCCACGUUUGCGGUGUCGGGGGCGGGGUUCAUCGCACGGGACAUGACGAUUCGGAACACGGCGGGGCCGGCGGCGCACCAGGCGGUGGCGCUGCGCGUCGACUCCGAUCGCUCCGCCUUCUUCCGCAUCGCCGUCGAGGGCCACCAGGACACGCUCUACGCGCACUCCCUCCGCCAGUUCUACCGCGACUGCCGCGUCUCCGGCACCGUCGACUUCAUCUUCGGCAACGGCAUCGCCGUCAUCCAGCGCACCACCAUCUCUACCCUCCCGCCCGCCGCCGGCCAGAACGCCGGCAGCGUCACGGCGCAGGGCCGGAGGGACCCCAACCAGAACACCGGCUUCGCCCUCCAUGCUUGCAUCGUGGAGGCCAAGUACCCGACCUACCUCGGACGCCCGUGGAAGCCCUUCUCCCGGGUGGUCGUCAUGGAGUCCUACCUCGGCGCAGGUGUCCAGCCGCGCGGAUGGCUGGAGUGGGACGGCGACGGCGGCGAGCUCGCCACGCUAUUCUACGGGGAGUACCGCAACUAUGGGCCUGGCGCCAACAUCGGCGGCCGGGUGCGGUGGCCCGGAUACCACGUGAUCAUGGACGCCGCCGUCGCUGUGCGCUUCACCGUGCGGCGGUUCAUCGACGGCCUCGCUUGGCUACCCUCCACCGGCGUCACCUUCACCGCUGACCUCAACAGGAAAUGACGACGUAUACACGGAUGCAGAUGCUCUGAUUGAACUUCCCCCUGAUAUGUGGGCCCGCGAACGGUGGGGCCCACAUAUCAGUCACUACGUUCCUCUGACUUUACGUCAGAGAAUCCCAAAUACCACAUACACACACAAAAUCAGUUAUUCAUUUGGUUUGGUUAAUUAUAAAUUGGAUAUAUACCAGAAAGAAUAUGUUUUUUUUUGAAUUAAGUAUAUACUAAGCUAGUUAUACGCAUAGCUCAUAUAUAUGGAUUCAUGUAAUUGAUGAACAAUAGAUAUAUAUACAAGUUUCAUGUGAACAUCCUCCAAACAAAAAUUUCUGGGAGUACUUUUUUAGGUCUAUAUUAAAAAACUUCCGUAAAUUUUGUUGGUGAAAACGUUUAAAUGUAACUACAAUGUCAUUUAUAGUGUAUAUUUUGAUCCUUGCCCUC